AUGUCGGAUUAUUAUGAAAUAAAAGAAAGCUACUGCACCCGAUUCAACAUUGGCAAACCUCCCUUGCCGUAUUUUGUGGGAAAGGAAUUCACUGUGCGCUCCCAUAUUCCUCCGGCGCUGGUUAGAAAAUAUUAUGAAGGGUUUUCUUUGGAACCCGAUGGUCGCCUCGAGAGAUGCCAGAAACACCCGCUUGAACGUUGUCUUCUGCACCCUCCUUCUCCGGGGCAUGCUGGGGACCAGGUUGUCCGCUUCAGAAUAUCUAGGGAAGUUCGGUUCGGAGACAAGCAUCGCUCACAAAUCGCAGCCGUCGAUAUUUUAGAUGUAAAACCAACCAAAGACCAAGGACCACAUCCGAACAUGACUUUGAUUGCGAAAUUCUACGACCCUCUUUACAACGAUCACGAUACAGACCUUACAGAUAUUUUCACCCUAGUCGAUUUCAGCUAUUCGGACGAAGCUGCAGCGUAUUUAGCGCUGGAACCACUACAGGGAAAUGCUAUACCCAAAUAUUAUGGGUCGUUCACACUAGAACUACCUGUCCCGGAACAUAAGACGAACCGCCUUGUCAGACUGAGUCUCUUGGAAAUAGUUCCCGGCCAGGCUAUGUCGACGCUCAACCCAGAGGACUUCUCCCAGCGUGACCGUCAAAUGAUUAUGAAAAAUAUCAUCGACACGGAAACUUUACUACAUACCCAUGGUGUUAUGCACGAAGAUUUAUGGCCGCGAAACAUCAUGAUAAAUAGUAAAGCCAAGGUUAAUCGGCAGGUUGUUGUAAUAGACUUUGAAGACUACAGAUUCAUGACAUCAUCACAAUUUCAUGGCAUCACUAUCAGCCCUUUGCUUCGGUGGAAUAAAAAAAGCGGCCGUACGUUCGAGUUUGAAGGUUGGAUUGAUUGGGACUGGCAGUCAUGGCUCGAACUUACCUAUGAAGACACUCGUGAUUCAAUCACAGAAGAGAUGAGGGCUUUUUGGAUGCCGCGGGAAGUUGAGUGGCCAGGAUGGGGCUAG